AUGGUCCGCGAGAUGGUCGAGGAAGACAAGCCGUUGGCGUACGUGCUGGGAACCCAGCCUUUCCACCCUCUCCCGGUCGACCUCCUCGUCCGCCCUCCAACGCUCAUUCCCCGCCCCGAAACCGAGCACUGGGUCUCCCUGCUCACCGAGCGGAUCCUGGCGGUCAGAGGCAAGACGGCCCGGAAUGCUGAGCCGUUCCGUAUCCUCGAUAUUGGAACGGGAACAGGCUGUAUCGCGCUCGCUUUGACGCAUGGGUUGUCGCGCACGAGUGAAGGACGUGCAAACGGUCCUUUCGCCGCCGUCAGAACGUUGGCGGUGGAUCGAGCCGAGUCGGCGGUGCGCCUAGCCAAGGAGAAUGCCAGAAGAUGCGGUCUUCCUUUCGCCCCUCGAGGUGGCGAAGGCCGUACGGGACAAGCCAACUCAGAUCCCAGCGCUGAGUUACCCAACGACCCGUCGACACCAGACGCUCCGUCCGCCGCCGUCUCCGUUCACCAAGCCGACCUCUUUUCCCCUUCGUUCUCUUCCACCGUCUUCGCGCACCUCCAGCACAUCCGCUCUUCCGACUCACUCGCCAACGCAGUUCAACCGCCGGGAUUCGACCUCGUCGUCUCCAACCCGCCCUACAUUCCUCUCCACGAAUACGCCACACUCGACCGCAGCGUCCGCGAAUGGGAAGACCGCGGUGCACUGGUCGGCGAGACAGCAGAACGACCUCUCGUGCCGCGGAGCAAGGAGGACGACGGGCUGGUCUUCUAUAGGCGGAUCGUGAGCCUGUUAGAGGAGUUGCUGGCGGAAGGAGGCGAAGGGCCGGUUGUUGCGUUUGAGGUUGGGAAGGGACAGGCGAGGGACGUAGAGAGGAUGCUGCGCGAGUGGCGGGGCACGAAGGGGGCGCAGCUAGAGACGAAGGUGAUAGAGGAUCCCUGGGGCAUGGGGCGGGCUGUCUUUGCGGGUUGGAAACGGUGA